AUGAGUACAAAUAAUAAUAACCAACCACCUACUUUCUCAUCUACCGGCAAUAACAAUCCGAAUUUUCAACACAAUGAUAACGGCGCAAAUACGGCUGCGCAUUCUGCGCCUCAUGUUACUGCACAUCCCGCACCUCACUUCACCGUCUUUGAAUGUUAUUUGCCUUCUAAUGACGGUCGGAUCUAUUAUGUUUGUUAUACCGAAUUAAGUCCAAAUGAAAUCACUCGACGAUUAAAUAAUGGAAUUGAUUUAUCUCAUGUUCCUGAGCACCAUAUUCCACAUCAUAAUCGUAUGCAAUCAUUGAUACAACAACAGAUUCAAGAUCAACAUUCUGUAGCUUAUCAACAAAAUAACGGUCAACAUAACACUCAACAACCUGACGUAGUUAUUUCUGGCAAUAUGCAAGACAUACAAAUCGCACCUACUCAAAAUUUUAAUUAG